GGAAGUAUUCGACGAGGAAGCGGUGGUGCGACAACUCUGCCAUCGCGAAUGAUCCAAUUUCAACAACGUACUCAACAAAGAGUCGGCUCUCCGAGUACAGCAAACAACAAUAACACUGGAAGUCCCCUCACUGUGAGCAGUCCACGCACUUCCUCGCCUACCAACUCAUCUGCAUCCAGUGGAAUCACCGAUUCCUUCCUUCAGAACAACUGUUUCCGCUGUCGACGACCCCUGAUACCCCCUGAGUCGGCUACUCUUGGUCCAGGAUCACCCAGCCCUCCUGUUGUGACCUUGACCGGAGCUCUUGCAGUGAGACUGCACGAAACCUGUUUUACUUGCUAUAAUUGCCGAACCAAGCUCAAUCCUCAAGGGUACUAUCAUAGUCUACAUCGUCUGCUUUGUCCUACCUGUGUUAGAGAUGGCGAAGUGGAGUCGUGUGUUAAUUGCGGAAGACCGAUAGGUGAGAGGAUAGUGCGAGCUCUUGGGGCCCCCUACCAUCCAGGAUGCUUUGUCUGCUCGGUAUGUCACACACAUUUAGAUGCAAAACCCUUCACAGUUGAUGUGCACGGCAGACCUCUUUGUCUGGAAGACUUCCACAAACGCUAUGCACCACGAUGCGCAGUCUGUUCUCGGCCAAUUGCUCCAGAAGCUGGUUCCCAAGAAGCGAGGCGAGUGGUGGCUGGCAAUUCAAAUUACCACCUGUCCUGUUAUGGGGUUAAGGCCGCUGCAGACUCGGUCAGUGCUCAAACACCCACUCCUACUCCUUCAUCUGCAACCUUGGCUACGGCUUGA